AUGAAAAAAAGAAAUAGUUUUCUUUUUAUUAUAUUUCUAUGUCUAAUUUGUAUGAUUAAUAUUGCUUCAUCACAAAAUUUUAUACCAUUACAUGGGGAUCAAGAUAAAAUAGCAGAUAAAAUUUGUCAACAAAUUUCUCAAGGUGCUGUUCAAUGCCUAGACCCAUGCAAAGAAAGUUAUGAGAUUUUCACUUGCAAACUUAGACCAAAUACCGAUAAAUAUGAUAUAGAUACAAUUAACUUAAAAAUAGUUCCUUCAUCAGGUAUUGAAACCUCUGAAGUUAUAGAAAGUUUUGUUCAAUUUAGUCAUCUAACCAAAUUAACAAUUACCGAAGAAAUUACAGUUAGAGAUCUUUGGGGAAAACUUUUAUAUGAAUAUCCAAGUCCUUUAGAAAUUUAUAUUGUUAGACAAAUGGAAAAAAUGCCAGAUAAUUUAACAAUGCCAAAAAGAUUAUGGAAACUUACAUUUGGAAAGAUUGGUGUACAAAUGCCUUCAAAUAUGUUUAAUGUUACAAGUGAUUUAGAAUUUUUACAAAUUGAUACCAUUUUGAACACUGGUGUUAAUGUAUUUCCAGCAAAACAUCCAGAACCAAAGAGUUUGAAAACUUUUAUUGGACCAAUUACAUAUUAUUCAAAUUUCUUCCCAUAUCCAAGUUAUGCAUUGCAAUUUUGCGAAACCAUUCGUCUUAGAGUCUGGAAUGAUUACUCUGGUACAAAUUAUAAAGAUUUUAGAUUACCAGUUCUAUCAAAUUUAUUAUAUCUCAAAGAUUUAACAUAUGAAUUUAUUAAUAAUGAUUUUACCGCUCAAAUUUUUACAUUUGAUUAUGCAAUCUCAUCAAAUAAAGCUUUGAAAUCUUUAACUAUUACUGGUAAAGGUAUGAGAAUGACAAGAGAUCUUGAUCUUUCAAAUUUAGCAAAAGGUGCUCAUAUUUCAAUUGAUAGAAGUUGUGAUGAAUUUUUAGCAUGUGGUAGUGAACCAUGUUUAAAAUUACCAGUAGAUGGUUCUUUAUAUAUUAAUAAAUGUAAUUUCACACUUUCAAAAAUUGAUUUUUUAAAUGCUGUAUCAGUUACAAUUUUAAAUAAUAAUCUUGCACAAAAUUUACCAAAUUUAAGAAUUAAUUAUCCAAAAUUAACAAGAUUUGAUCUUGGUGAUAGUAAUUUCGCAGGUACAGUUCCAAAUGAAUAUUGUUUAAUUAAAGAAAGUGUAUUAAGUGUUGGAAACAAUAGAUUAUCAGGUGUUGUACCUUCAUGUUUCGGUUGUGUUGGUGGUGCAUUUGUUGCUAGUCAAGGAUUAUUCCCAAAUAGUUUUACAGAUUUUUCAGAGAGUGCUGCACCAACUGCUUGUGAAACUUUCCAAGUAUUCGAUAAUUAUUCAAAGGUUGCAAAAACUGAUGGUAGUUCAGUUAUUACUGUUUAUGGUCAAGAUUUCGGUUGGACAUCUACAACCAAACAAGGUGACGCAAGCAUUAACAUAAUUGUACCAAAUAGACAAUUAGAACUUGUUAUUCCAAAAGGUGUUGGUACAGAUUUGAAAUAUGUAGCAACUUUCCCUGUUGGUCCAAAUGGAAUCGAUAAAGAGUUUACAUUUAGUUAUCAACAACCAGUUAUUCGUUAUUAUUCAUUCCUUAAAACUGACACUGCUAAUUUCUUUGUUAUUAAUGGUGAUGGUUUCGAUUAUCAAGGUAUUAAUUCAGUUGAAAUUGAAAAAAGUGAAUUUCCAAAAAAAACAUACGAUGGACCAAGUGCUGACGUCGGUGCAACAUAUGGUGAAAUUAAAUUACCAUUGGAUGAUGUUAUUAUUGAUAAUGAACUCGCAUCUGGUGCUGUUUUCAAAAUUACAGUAACUGUUGGUGGUCAAACCUCAACACAACAAUUCACUUAUUAUGAUUCAAUUACAAUCUCUGAUGUUGAUACUAUUAAAUUACAUACAAUUGGUGGUGUUCAAGAAUUCAAGGGUCAAUUCCCCCCAGUUGAUGCAAGUGCCGUCCAAGUUACUGUUAAUAAUGUUCCAUGUGAUAUUCGUAAAUAUUCUGAAACUUCCAUUGAAAUUGCUUAUCCAGCUGUACCAGGUGCAAGUCAUUAUCCAAUUAAAAUAGUUGUUGGUGGUCUCACUGCUGGAGAAUUGGUUGAAUUCAUUGAGUUACCAACACAUAGACCAACAUUCGAUCCAAAUGAUGGUUGGAUGCCAACUGGUUCAUCAUCAACUUUAUUACCAAGUUUCUUUUUAAUUUUUAUUAUUUCUUCUUUAUUAAUUAUUAAAUUAUUUUAA